AUGGUCUCUCAAAAAGUCCAGGUCCGGUCCAAAAGCCACGAAGACUUACUGCUAGAAUACUCAUGGUCUCUUCUGGACACCCCAUCCACCGGAAAUCCAUGGCAGUCGGUGGAUAUAGUCUUCCGGCAUGUAUUCUCAGUAAAUGCAAACGACGCUUCUAAUCGCCUCGAGGACACCUAUAUCCUCGAUUCUGGCCAGAACACUGCCCCUCAAAAAUAUGGACCGGAAGCUUUCGGUUCACAUAAAGCAUUCCAGUUCUUCCUGCGAUGUUUGCGCGCCGCAGCCACGUCCAGGCCACGUGUAGCGAAGCUUAUCGUGCCCUUGCAGAAAGGGCAUAUUGUCCGCUCAGAUAUUAUUCCUCUGCGUCUUCGAGACUCCCAAUAUGUCGAGACGGCGGUGUCGUUUGCAGAGCCCUUCCAGAGCUACACAGGCUCCGCAAUUACACUUCCCGAUGCCAGCAACCUACCAGCACUUUUCUCCGCGGCCACGGCCGGGCUUCUUUUGCAACAUAAUGUAGAGUCUGAUUCAGACCCCGGAUUUGAGGCAAUGUCUCUAGCUGUUGAAUCAGACCUUGAGAACAGACUUUCAUUUCCGUGGAUACUGUCUGAACCCAUGCGCCGGAGGAUACUGAUACUAGUUGAUGCGAACAGCAGCCACCCCGAGGACGGAGUGGGCCUUUACCAUGCAGCUAGAGUGCUCGGCAUCGACAUCGUCGUGCUGGACAACGCAGGGCACUGGCUCGAAGGGCCCGAGUAUGCGCACUGGCGUGAAGCGUUCAUCCCGACACGUCUCACUAAUCCACCCGAAGAAGACGUGGUUGACCGGAUUGUUGAAUCCGUGAAGGCAUACGGUAAGCCGGUGGAUGGCAUUGUUACAUUCGCGGACUCGUUCUGGCCUUAUAUCGCCCAAGCUGCGCCGCAGGUGGGCCUUCAGACAGCUUCACAAGAAGCGCUAAGAAUCGCCACGAAUAAGUACCGCACAAGUGUAUUCGCCGGCCACCAAGCUUAUCGUGCGUCGAGUCUAGACGAGGCUCUUGAUGUCGCGAAGAAAACAGAUAUCCCUUAUCCACUUAUAGUCAAACCGUGCGAUGGCUGGAGCUCGGAGGGUGUAUCGCGUGUUGAUAAUCUUGACGCGCUUACCAUGGCUGUCCACGCUAUCGAUGUAUCUCGCCAUGGAACUGAAUUCGUCAUCGAGAAAUACUGUGACGGCCCGGAAGUUGACGUCAACUUCGUCCUCCUGGACGGCGAAGUCCUCUUUUUUGAGGUCUGCGAUGACCUCCCCAAGUCGGCAGAUAUCAAUGGACCCAGCGUAGGCUCGCUGCAUAACUUCCACGAACUGAACAGCGUCUACCCGUCCGCACUCCCUUCCCAGGAAAUAGACCUCCUUCGAAGAAGCUUCCUGGACACACUACGCAAGCUCGGUCUCAAGGACGGCAGCAACGUCAUCGACCUGUCCCCGCGUGCUCCGACCCAGCAACCACCAACACCCUGGCUUAUCGAGAUCAAUCCCCGUCCUCUCGGCAUGACGGGCUCCCAGAUUAUCGAGUCCACCUACGGCAUUGACUACUGGGGUCUGGCUCUGCUCGUCGCCGUCGGUGACAAGGCCCGUGUCCGUGCUCUAUCCCAGCCUUUUAAGCAUGGACCCCAGUAUACCUGUAUCAUGGCCUUCAUUCCGGCUGACUACCCCGUAUCUUGCCAAGGCAUCUUUGACUCGGAGGAUAUUUGUGCAGACUUGAUAGCCCGCAGACCAGAUCUUGCUCGGCAUAUUAGUCGUUGUGCUUGCCUGGUCAAGCGGGGCCAGAGAAUUGCGCAUCCGAGUUCGGGGCGCCAUACCUUUUUGGCGUAUUUUAAUAUCUUUUCGAGAGUGGGGAGGAAGGAGGCACUGAAUUUAGCGAGGGAGGUUAGAGAGGAAGUGAGGUAUUCGUUUAUUUGA